AACAACUUUGCUACACACAUUCUCCAUUCUCGUUAGUUGAUGUGAGCGAAUAUCCUUGCACCGUGUGAGAGUGAGUUAUUUCGUUGGAAUGGCUGAUUCUGUUGCUUGUUAUGUAUGUGAUCGAGAAUAUUCAGCAAGGAAGCAUUUGAAUGUUCAUUUGAGAAAUGUGCAUAAAAUUCAGCCAGGUGAAGAAGGUACAAUAAAGUGCUCAAAAAGUGACUGCAGCUUUAAAUGCAAUUUUUUGGCUAAGUUGCGCCUACAUGUGGAGCAGGAGCACAUGGUUGAGAUGGUAAAAGAAAUUAGUGAAUUUCAAAUGAAGGACAACUUUAUGAAGUGGAAGUCUGAGGAGGAGAGAAAAACAAAAAGUAGUUUUGUCUCUAGUUAUGGCACUAAGCGUUUAAAGGAUGGCACUGCAAAAAUCACCUUUGUAUGCCGCAGAAGUGGCACAUUUUCUUCGAAGUCAGGUGGCAAAAGGUUGUGUUAA